AAGCUGGAGAUACGGAUGACCCACCAAGAAUUACGCAAAACCCUGUUAUCAACGGGAAUGUGGCCCUGAGUGACGGCCAUAACAACACUGAGGAAGAUAUGGAGGAUGGGUAGUAACGGGGCAGUUGAAAGACACCAUCAGUCACGGCUGCACCGCCAGAAGGACUGCUGUUCAGACCUCCUGCCAAAGUUCAGCCUCCGCGCGAAACUGCAGCCGUAGUUGAGAGUUCUCUCACAGUGCGGUUUACCCCCUGGCAGCUGGCUGAGGCAAUAUCUGAGGAAGACACCAGUUGGCGCUCCGAGGCAACCUUUCAGUUCACUGUCGAGCGCUUCAGCAGACUGAGUGAGUCGGUCCUUAGCCCUCCGUGUUUUGUGCGAAAUCUGCCAUGGAAGAUUAUGGUGAUGCCACGCUUUUAUCCAGACAGACCACACCAAAAAAGCGUAGGAUUCUUUCUCCAGUGCAAUGCUGAAUCUGAUUCCACGUCAUGGUCUUGUCAUGCACAAGCAGUGCUGAAGAUUAUAAAUUACAGAGAUGACGAGAAGUCGUUCAGCCGGCGCAUUAGUCACUUGUUCUUCCAUAAAGAAAAUGAUUGGGGAUUUUCCAAUUUUAUGGCCUGGAGUGAAGUGACUGAUCCCGAGAAAGGAUUUAUAGAUGACGACAAAGUCACUUUUGAAGUCUUCGUGCAGGCAGAUGCUCCCCAUGGAGUUGCGUGGGAUUCCAAGAAGCACACGGGCUAUGUCGGCUUGAAGAAUCAGGGGGCUACUUGUUACAUGAACAGCCUGCUACAAACUUUGUUCUUCACAAACCAGCUCCGAAAGGCUGUGUACAUGAUGCCAACAGAGGGCGAUGAUUCUUCUAAAAGUGUCCCUUUAGCAUUACAAAGAGUGUUCUAUGAAUUACAGCACAGUGAUAAGCCUGUAGGAACAAAAAAACUAACCAAGUCGUUUGGGUGGGAAACUUUAGAUAGCUUCAUGCAACAUGAUGUUCAAGAACUAUGUCGAGUGUUGCUCGAUAAUGUGGAAAACAAGAUGAAAGGCACGUGUGUAGAAGGCACCAUACCUAAAUUAUUCAGAGGCAAAAUGGUGUCAUAUAUCCAGUGUAAAGAAGUAGACUAUCGCUCUGAUAGAAGAGAAGAUUAUUAUGAUAUCCAGCUAAGCAUAAAAGGAAAGAAAAAUAUAUUCGAAUCAUUUGUGGAUUAUGUGGCAGUAGAACAACUUGAUGGUGACAAUAAAUACGACGCCGGGGAGCAUGGCUUGCAGGAAGCAGAGAAGGGUGUGAAAUUCCUCACAUUGCCACCAGUGUUACAUCUGCAGCUGAUGAGAUUUAUGUACGACCCUCAGACCGACCAGAACAUCAAGAUCAAUGAUAGGUUUGAAUUUCCAGAACAGUUACCACUUGAUGAAUUCUUGCAAAAAACUGAUCCCAAGGACCCUGCAAAUUACAUCCUUCAUGCAGUCUUGGUUCACAGUGGUGAUAAUCAUGGCGGACACUACGUGGUUUACCUCAACCCCAAGGGGGAUGGCAAAUGGUGUAAAUUCGACGACGACGUGGUGUCCAGGUGCACUAAGGAAGAAGCCAUCGAGCACAACUACGGGGGCCAUGACGACGACCUGUCUGUGCGACACUGCACCAAUGCGUACAUGCUGGUGUACAUCAGGGAGUCGAAGCUGAGUGAGGUUUUACAAGCUGUCACGGACCACGAUAUUCCUCAGCAGUUGGUGGAGCGGUUACAGGAAGAGAAGAGGAUUGAGGCUCAGAAGCGGAAGGAGCGGCAGGAAGCACAUCUCUACAUGCAAGUGCAGAUCGUUGCAGAGGACCAGUUUUGUGGCCACCAAGGAAAUGACAUGUACGAUGAAGAAAAAGUGAAAUACACUGUGUUCAAAGUAUUGAAGAACUCUUCACUUGCCGAGUUUGUUCAGAACCUCUCUCAGACCAUGGGAUUUCCACAAGAUCAAAUUCGAUUGUGGCCCAUGCAAGCAAGGAGUAAUGGAACAAAACGACCUGCAAUGUUAGAUAAUGAAGCAGACGGCAACAAAACCAUGAUUGAACUCAGUGAUAAUGAAAAUCCUUGGACAAUAUUCCUGGAAACAGUAGACCCUGAGCUGGCUGCCAGUGGAGCAACACUGCCCAAGUUUGAUAAAGAUCAUGAUGUAAUGUUAUUUUUGAAGAUGUAUGAUCCUAAGACACGGAGCUUGAAUUACUGUGGGCAUAUCUACACACCAAUAUCCUGCAAAAUACGUGACUUGCUCCCAGUUAUGUGUGACAGAGCAGGAUUUAUCCAGGAUACUAGCCUUAUCCUCUAUGAGGAAGUCAAGCCGAACCUGACGGAGAGGAUCCAGGACUAUGACGUGUCCCUGGACAAAGCCCUCGAUGAACUGAUGGACGGUGACAUUAUCGUCUUUCAGAAGGAUGACCCCGAAAACGAUAACAGUGAAUUACCUACCGCGAAAGAAUAUUUCAGAGACCUCUACCAUCGUGUUGAUGUUAUUUUCUGUGAUAAAACAAUCCCUAAUGACCCUGGGUUUGUGGUUACGUUAUCAAAUAGAAUGAAUUACUUUCAGGUUGCAAAGACAGUUGCACAAAGACUCAACACAGAUCCAAUGUUGCUCCAGUUUUUCAAGUCUCAAGGUUAUAGGGAUGGCCCAGGUAAUCCUCUUAGACAUAAUUAUGAAGGUACCUUAAGAGAUCUUCUACAAUUCUUCAAGCCUAGACAACCUAAGAAACUUUACUAUCAGCAGCUCAAGAUGAAAAUCACAGACUUUGAAAACAGGCGAAGUUUUAAGUGUAUAUGGUUAAACAGCCAAUUUAGGGAAGAGGAAAUAACACUAUACCCAGACAAGCACGGGUGUGUCCGGGACCUGUUAGAAGAAUGUAAAAAGGCUGUAGAACUCGGGGAGAGAGCGUCAGGGAAACUUAGGCUGCUAGAAAUUGUAAGCUACAAAAUCAUUGGUGUGCAUCAAGAAGAUGAGCUAUUAGAAUGUUUAUCUCCCGCAACGAGUCGAACGUUUCGAAUAGAGGAAAUACCUUUGGACCAGGUCGACAUCGAUAAGGAAAAUGAGAUGCUGAUCACAGUGGCACAUUUCCACAAGGAGGUGUUUGGGACGUUUGGAAUUCCAUUUUUGCUGAGGAUACACCAGGGCGAGCAUUUCAGAGAAGUGAUGAAGCGGAUCCAGAGUCUGCUGGACGUCCAGGAAAAGGAGUUUGAGAAGUUUAAAUUUGCAAUUGUGAUGAUGGGCCGACACCAGUACAUAAAUGAAGAUGAGUAUGAAGUGAACUUGAAAGACUUUGAACCGCAGCCUGGUAACAUGUCUCACCCGCGGCCGUGGCUAGGGCUCGACCACUUCAACAAAGCCCCAAAGAGGAGUCGCUACACUUACCUGGAGAAGGCGAUUAAGAUCCAUAACUGACCUCCUACCCAGUGUGUCCAGGCGAGGGACAGUGUGUGGGUGUGUGCCCCUUUUUAACAGCCCUAGAACUUUGGUACACGUGCACCCUAUCCGAAGUCUUCAGCAAGAGGAUUUGCUGCUGAUGUUAAUUUUAUUUUGUUGAGGCUGUUCAGUUUGGCUUCUCUGUAUCUAUUGACUGCCCUUUUUGAGCAAAAUGAAGGUGUUUUUAUAAAGCUUGGAUGCCAAUGAGAGUUAUUUUAUGGUAACCACAAUGCAAGGCGAUUAUCAGCGUAAUGGGGGAGAAAGGUUAGGAGCCGGCGAGUCACCGUGGCAGGGCUCAAGGCCGCUCCUGGAUGGUUCCGCUGUCUGGCUGCCCCCGGGCCCGUCCACCAGCCCCGCAGCUAGAGUCUUCUCUGUAGGCUCGUCCGACCCGUUUCCUUCAGUUACACUUUCAAUGACCUUUUGUGCAUCUGUAAAGGCAAAACAGAGAAACUCACAACCUAAUAAAUAGCGCUCUUUCCUUCAC